CAUCAUCAUGCACCGAAAGCUUCCAACAAGCAUGAAAAUCACGAAGCUGGAUGAAUUUAUCAGGGUUUGUCGACCCAAGCAAUAUCCACGUGCCUUCAAGCAGCAAUUGACAAUCUUUAGGAUGCCGAUGCAUUCGAGAAGAUGUCAGGCGAGAUCUUGGACGGCUUUGCUAACCUUGUUCUAAACUUCGAGGGUUUCAUAGGCUCUUUCAGUAAAUGGGCUGAGCAGAAUUCUGACAAGAUUGAUGACGAGAUCAUGGCUCUCGGAGAUGCCCUGCAACAGGUUAAGAAAGAGAUCCAAGCCCUCGAAAUUUCCAUGAUUUCUGUUGGAGUCAUCGGAGGUGUUAGCACUAUUGGUGUCACUGUCGGCUUGGCAUUUGUCAUUGGCCCAUCUGCGGCGAUUGCUGGCCUCAUUGGGGCAGCAGUAACAGGAGCGACUUUAAUAGGGCUUGGUAUCACCCUGGCUCUCAAAAACGAGGAAAAGGAUAAGUUACUGGCAAGGAUGAAGGGGCUUGGUGAAGAAAAAGACUCGAUAGUUGCCACAAAUGAACAGCUCAUGAUACUGGGCCGCGAGAGUUUCGCAGUCAUGCAGGAGCAGACUUCAAAGCUCACUUCGGUUUGGAGAUGGGUUCAGAAUGAUGCGAUCCGCAUGAGGAGUGAACUCCAGAAUCUCCAGAGAGACGCAAAUAUGCUGGCAAGACUUUUCUCUUUUUCUCGCUCUUCGCGCGUGGUCCGAGCAGGAAUUUUGCUGACCUCUGUAGGAAUAUCCUGGAGCCACAGAAAUUGUUCUGAACCAGCUCGGAGGAAUUACAGGUAUCAGUAAGUAAAUUGUAGCUGGCAUGGCCAUCAACAGAUAUUAAUCAUGUCCUAGACAAUGUCAUGGCAGUCUAUCUUCAGCGUUAUGCCGAUGGUGUCACGGCUGCAGAAGUCCCAGAACACGAUGCCUAAUCAUGGAAGCAAAGACAAUGCUGAGUCUCUGGGCUGUGUGCUUGGAUUUGAAGAAGAAGAUGGAUCUAGACGUGGACGCGGACAUACAGACUACUAGAGUGUAUGAAAGGAAAGCAACAUAUUUAACAGCUUAGAGAUAUACGUUUUCUUAUUGAAAUUCGCUCACGUCCAAGCUUCUAGUUUGCAAAUGGCAGUGACAGGUAGAUUUACGCUCAAGAACUUCCCUUC